CUUUAAGAGCAAUGGGGAAGUGGUAGCCACGUUCGACUACAGGAGGAAAAGAGAGUAUGCCUUGACUUGCAGGCCCAACAGAAGAAUCUGAUAUAUCAGUUGUUUUUGAGGCUUCUAGAGUGCCAUAGUUUUUUUAGAAUUAAAAGGGAAACCUUUAAGAAUGACCUCAUCAUGGGUCUCCAUGUGUGCUUUACUUCUUUGCCUUUCUAUCGAGAAACCAAUCCCCACACUUGCAUGGGAUGCAGACCUGGAGCUGUUCGAUCUCGUUGAAGAAAUACCGCAAACAUUCUAUGAAUUCUUGUCUGUGGAUCAGGAUGCUUCGUCCGCAGACAUUAGGAAGGCCUAUCGAAGGCUUUCCCUCACCCUGCAUCCAGACAAGAACAAAGAUGAAAAUGCAGAAACGCAGUUCAGGCAGCUUGUGGCAAUUUAUGAGGUCUUGAAGGAUGAAGAAAGGAGACAAACGUACAAUGACAUUCUGGUCAAUGGACUCCCUGAUUGGAGACAGCCAGUGUUCUACUACCGGCGGGUGAGGAAGAUGAGCAAUGCAGAGCUAGGCUUCCUCCUCUUCCUGAUCUUGACUGUCGGUCACUACGCAGUCAUAUGGUCUAUUUAUCUGGAGAAGCAGCUGGAUGAACUUCUGAGUAAAAAGAAGAAAGAGAAAAAGAAAAAGAUGAGUAACAAGGGCACGGAGGAUGGGAAGGGUGUCAACCAGGAGAAGAAUGAGCGGUCCUAUGACAAACCCCAGUGGCAUGACAUCCUGCCGCUCAAACUGAGCAUCUGGCUGUACUUCUCCGUGAAGUCCCUCCCUCAGGUCAUUCAGGAGGUGAAGCAGUACUAUGAAGACUAUCAAGCAUUGAAGGUCAAAGAGAAGGAGGAAGCUGAGGCCUUGGCUGCACAGGAGGCACAACAAAAGGAAAAGCGUCCUAAAGUAAAGAAGCCAAAGAUAGAGUUCCCUGUCUAUGAGCCCAGCGCCUUCGAUACAAACUAUGCAGCUCCGUACGACCAGGCAGCGUCCAUUGAAGACAUCGAGGACCAGAUGGAUGACUGGCUAGAAGAAAAAAAAUCUCAGAAAAAGAAAGUCCCCGAGUGGACAGAGGAGGACCUCAGCCAGCUCAGCAGGUGCAUGGUGAAGUUUCCAGGGGGCACUCCGGGACGGUGGGAGAAGAUUGCCCAUGAAUUGGGCAGGUCCGUGUCAGAGGUAACUGCAAAGGUCAAACAAGCCAAAGACAAUAUCACCAUCACACCAGGGCUGGUGAAGCUCUCCGAUCUGAAGGGUGCCUCUGUAGGGGGUAAAGUGUCCAAAGCAGGGGCGGUGCCGGACAACCUGAUGACCCAGCGUGAGGAGCUGCCACUGGCCCAGGAGCAGCUAGCGGAGCCAGACGGCGGCGAGGAGACGGAGGCGAAGGGCCUGAGGAGGAGGGCGAAGAGGGCAGCAGCCGGCGCGGGGGUAGGGAGCGGGAGUGGCGCUGGGGAGGACAAGCCCAGCCGGAGCCGUCGCCAGAGGGACUUUGAUCCUGACGCCGUGGAAGAGGACAGUGACGAGGACAGGCGGGCGCAAGCGCCAGCACCGCAGAAGGAGAAGGCCUGCGCUGCCCCUGCAGAGGAUUUGUGGACACAGAACCAGCAGAAGCUUCUAGAGCUGGCGCUGCAGCAGUACCCACGCGGCACCACGGAACGCUGGGACAGGAUCGCUAAAGUGGUGCCCGGAAAGAGCAAGGAGGAGUGUAUGAUUCGUUAUAAGUUGCUGGCUGAACUCAUACAGAAACGGAAGCAAGCGAAGAGCUGACUCCCCUCCGGCAGCCAUUUUGGGUUUUCACUUUACCUCUCACCUGUCUGUCAUGUGCCUUAAGCUCCACACUGAAAGAGAACCCAGUUACCAGACAUCUACAAUUCCCAAGAUUCUACUCGAUAUGGAAGCCUUAGCAUUAUACUUCAGGAGAAUUUCACAUCUCCUUUGUGAAACCAUCUGUUGCAAUAUAUGCUGAAAAUGUUUUUAUUUAUUUUUCAUUUUGCAUUUCAUCCUUUGCAUUGUCCCCUUUUUGCUUCAUAGUUUAUCUGUUUUCAGUGGGAAGCUGUCAACAUUGUUUAAGGUGUUUUUAUAAAUCCAUGAAUCAAAUAACUUUUCAGAGGCAUUAUGGAGUGUGUUCUUUUAAUCAUUAUUUCCAUAUACCAGUGUUCAGCUUUGUUAUCCACAGUGACUUACAGUUGUAAGUCACUGUGGAUAACAAAGGAAUGACAACCAAGCAACAGUGAGUUUGGAGACCUAUUUGGAGUAAAUACACAGUAUCAAGUCUACUCGAUCUGAUCAGGAAGUAGAAAGGAAAAGGGCCCAGUACACAAGUGUUACAAGGGUAGAAGGUGAAGACUCCUGAAGAUAGAGGGACACCCCUCCUCUGGUUACAUUUGUAAGCUCAUUAUAAAUGAGACAGCCUUGUGUAAAGGGAUGGCAAUACCAGACAUUGCUCCUGGGUGGGAUGCAAUGGACCGUAAGCCUACAUUUCGGUGGAUAGAAUAUGCAGACCCAGUAUUUGCUCUGCCAGUGUGCAUUUGUGACUGCAUGUGACCACUGCCAGUAUUUGUUUGUAUUUAUUCUGGGCACAAAAAAAAAUACUAUGAUUGACUUGGAUACUUCAAAAGUAUUAGUAUGCAUUUCACCAGUAACUAUAGUGUCACUUCUGGCCAUGUAUGGCAUAUAUGCUCAUGAGAGCUUGAUCAACACCAGAUUGUGUGGUCAGUCACAGCUCUGCCAAGCCAACUGGCAAUGAGACGAGGCCUACAUCACACCGAGAACACACAUGGCAUCUAAGCCACUGGCAAUGAGACGAGGCCUACAUCACACCGAGAACACACAUGGCAUCUAAGCCACUGGCAAUGAGACGAGGCCUACAUCACACCGAGAACACACAUGUACAAUCUGUGUUCACUUAGCUUCAUUCUAUAUCACUUGAUGAAAAAAAUCAUCUCAAAUCAUACAGCUGUGAAAGAAUCCAUAGCUCUGAAGCAAAAAGAAUUGGAGUCCAGCUCCAUGACUCCGCUGAAUAUUGGAAUGCUUCCUCUGACCAAUAAACCGCCUAUUUUCACAA